AUGGGUAUUCAGCACAGGGAUUUCCCUAAUAAAUGCCUGAAAAAUAGAAGAGACUUUUGUGGUGGGAUUCACUUCUCCAGCUCUCACCAAACAUCAAAAUGUCAGUUUUGUGUGAAGUGCCCAUUUAAAAACCACAUUUCUCAUUUGUUGCAUCCAGGUGCUGAGGUCUGCUACAACAGAGUGGGAUGCUUUAAUGAUGCCAAGCCCUGGGCGGGCACUUUGGAGAGACCCAUUACAAAGUUACCUUGGUCCCCGGAACAGAUCAACACUCGAUUCCUGCUGUACACCAGGAGCAACCAGAACAGCUUUCAGGUAAUCAGUGCUGCUAAUCCAUCCACCAUUUCCUCCUCCAAUUUCCGCACCUCCAGGAAGACCAGCUUUGUCAUCCAUGGAUUUACUGACAGCGGCGAGGCCUCUUGGCUGUCCGAUAUCUGUAGGAAACUUCUUGCAAUUGAAGACGUGAACUGCAUUUCCGUUGACUGGAGUGGAGGAUCCCGCACUGCGUAUUCCCAGGCUGCUAACAACAUCCGCGUCGUGGGGGCUGAAGUCGCUUAUUUCAUCGACAUUCUUUCGAAAAACUUUGCUUACUCUGCGGCAAAUAUCCACCUGAUUGGACACAGCCUGGGUGCCCACACCGCUGGAGAGGCUGGCAAGAGGGCAAAAGGCAUUGCAAGGAUUACAGGUCUGGAUCCAGCAGAGCCAUACUUCCAGAACACACCCAUAGAGGUCAGGCUGGACCCAUCAGAUGCCAAGCUUGUCGAUGUCAUUCACACGGACUCAGGACCUCUCAUCCCUAGCCUAGGUUUUGGAAUGAGCCAGCUGGUUGGCCAUCUGGAUUUCUUCCCUAACGGCGGAGUCCAUAUGCCUGGAUGUCCUCAGAACAUUGAAAUUCCCAACAUCACGGUGGAAGAUAUCUGGAAUGGAGUGGUUAACUUUAUAACUUGUAACCACAUGAGAGCCAUUAAGUACUACACAGACAGUAUCGGUAACACUGGAAUUUUCACCAGCUAUCCCUGCGCUAACUGGAACACCUACCAGGCGGGCAGCUGCAAAACUUGUCCCAGCUCCGGAUGUCCAAAGAUGGGCCACUACGCCGACACUUACAAAGGUGUCACCACCUCCAGCCAAGUCUUCUAUCUCACCACUUCUUAA